AUGGCUUCUCUUACCCUUAACAUCCCAAGGGAACCUCGUGCCCAAAUAUUUAUUAUAGGAGCGUUAUUACUGCUCUGCAUUGGAGCUAUUUUCGUCGCGACAAAUGCUUCAUUUGCAUCGAAGAACAUAGAACAUUCGAAAGAAGACGAAAAUCCAAGCACGCUUAAAUCGUUCUUGAGAUUCUUUUAUGCUUCGUUUCUCAAACCACAUAGUGGAGAUGGGACCGAAAACGGCCAGCAGGAUGCUCUGGAAAGCUUCUAUAAAGCACAGGCGGGGGUUUAUGAUGCGACGAGGAAGAGUUUGCUGAGGGGAAGAGAGGAUAUGCUCGCACUGGUGGCGGCACAGUUGGUUAAUAAGGCGAGUAGGGAACGUACUCAUGAUACGAAACGCAUUUGGGUUGAUAUUGGUGGUGGCACCGGAUGGAAUAUCGAGGCCAUGUCUGAAUAUGUCUCGGUCCCAGAGUUUUUCUCCAGCGUUUACCUCGUUGACUUUUCUCCAAGUCUUUGUGAUGUUGCACAAAAGAGAUUCAAGCGUCUUGGCUGGACUAAUGUCAAGGUCGUAUGUCAGGACGCUCGCACCUUUCGUCUUGAAGAUCACGAAGAUAUAGAUAUUGGAGCUGUUGGCUUCUCGCCGUCGCCCACUUCGAAUUAUUUCUCGGACUCGGACGCUAUUGGCGGUGCAGAUCUUAUUACUUUGUCCUACAGUUUAUCCAUGAUCCCUGACUUUUAUUCUGUCAUCGAUUCUCUGGCAAAUUUACUCGCUCCUUCAGGUACAAUUGGUGUUGUAGAUUUCUACGUCCAAUCCAUCGUGGAUCUCAGCUGUAGAAACUACACAGGCGGCGUGAUAAACCGACAUGUAAAUUGGUUGGGACGGCUUUUCUGGCGCGCCUGGUUCGAUGUCGAUCGUGUGAAUCUAGAGGCUGGUCGUAGAGACUACCUCGAAUAUCGAUUCGGAACUGUCCUCAGCGCGGACUCGAGAAACUACCUUUUAGGUUCUAUUCCUUACUACAUGUGGCUUGGAUGUCAAAAAAAACCUGCAUCUUCACUCGCAGCUCCAAAUUAUCCCCAUGAAAUCGUGGAGCGCCUUGAUGCAGCUGCAACAGAAUCGCCAUACUUAUCACCAAUCAACCAUACAAACACACUAUCCCGCACGGUGGAUAGAUCAACACCGCCGGAGAUCCGAUCUAAAGCAUUCGAAGCGGCCAUCAUAAAUCUCUCGGCAAAUCUACCACUCCCCUCCUUUUUCUACCAAAACCAUCACUGGCGAAUCCACUACGACGAUCAACUCAAGAAACAUACCCAAUUCAAACAAGAGUACAUCUACGCCUUCACAUGGGAAGACACUCGCGUGGACGAACGUCUUCUCAAUAUCACACGCGAUGACGUUAUUUUAGCAAUAACAAGCGCAGGCGACAAUAUCCUCUCCUACGCCCUUAAAUCCCCUCGUCGAAUCCACGCCAUCGAUCUCAACCCCAAUCAAAACCAUCUCCUCGAACUAAAAGUUGCUUCCUUUACCGUCCUCCCCUAUUCCGAUUUCUGGAAACUGUUUGGUCUGGGAAAACAUCCCCAUUUUCGCGAACUACUCCUAACACGCCUCUCGCCUCAUAUGUCUUCAAGGGCAUUUCAAUACUGGAUAAACAAUACCCACGUUUUCACCACCAGUUCUCGCGGUCUCUAUGAGACCGGAGGUUCCCGCCACGCCAUUCGCGUCAUUCGUCUCCUAUCCCAAAUCCUCGGUUUCAGUUCCGAGAUCAAGGCAUUACUCACCUCCAAAACCCUUAACGAACAACGGGAAACCUGGCAAACGAAGAUUCGUCCCAUAAUCAUGAGUAGACUCUUUUCCUACCUCAUUGUAUCUCAAGAAACGUUUCUCUGGAAAGCGCUUGGGGUUCCCAAAAACCAACUCCAUAUGCUGGAGGCAGAUCAUAUCGCUUCUGAAUCUGUGGCGCGAGAUUCUUCACCGCUGCAACAUUCGGCGAGGGAAUUGAAAAAUAGUAAGGGGCGUGCCGUGUGGGAUUAUAUGAUUCAGACUCUUGAUCCAGUUAUUGAGACUUCGUUGAUCGGUGAAGAUAAUCCUUAUUAUCUCGUUUGUCUCCAGGGUUCUUAUACCCAGAAAUGUCACCCCGACUAUUUGCGUCCAAAAUCGCAUCAGAAACUUAGUCGUCAUGAUGCUUUUGAUGGGUUGAGAAUCCAUACCGAUGAGAUUGAUGAAGUGAUACAAAGAAUUGCGCCUGGCACACUGACUAUUGCGGUGGUUAUGGAUAGCAUGGAUUGGUUUGAUCCGGGAGCUGAGGCCGCGGAAAUGCAAAUUAGGAAGUUGAACAGGGCGUUGAAGAUGGGAGGAAGAGUAUUGUUGAGGAGUGCGGCAUUGAGGCCGUGGUAUAUUGCCACGUUUGAGAGAUUAGGUUUCAUGACAAAGAGGGUGGGCGCGAGAACUGGAGGGGCUUGUAUUGAUCGUGUUAAUAUGUAUGCAUCUUGCUACUUGUUAACCAAAGUUGAAGACCUGGAGCCAUUGACCCCAAGAGCAAGUCCUUCGGGUAUUCCAGCCAGACAAGCGACCAUGGAUCUGGAGAAGUUGGAGAUUUGA